UUGAAACAUUUAGUACAUGUAUCCACAUUUAGUUUUACAAAAGGUUCUCAUACAAUACCCACGUUAUGUGUGAUGAUAAGGCUUGUGCAAAUGCAAGUUAAAAGAUGCAAUCACCACACACUAAAUAGACCAUUCGUUUGGCCCCUUAAGUAUCAGGAUGAGGAUUCCUCGAGCAACAUUGCCAGCAUUACCUGCCUGCUGGGGUGCAAAAUUUUGCAAUGGGCUCCUAUAUUUCCAUCUACAACAACACUCCCGACCCUUACCUUGUGAAAGUAGGCCCUGAUACUGCAGCCAUUGGUAUUGCCACCACUGUUGUCACUGUAUUUGCGGCCGUUGCCACUGUCGUUGCAACCGCUGGAGCCGCUGCACCAUUCAGCGCGGCUCUGGUUGCUAAUGGAGUCAUCGAUGUGUUCUUUGUUUCUACUGAGGCCUUGGCGGCCUUCACAGCUGCUGCUGCAAGCAUCUCAGGUAUAUCAAUUGCAUCCACCGCAACAGGUUGGGCAGCCAGCACCGUGCUCUUCAUUACUCAAAAGCUUCAGUCCGAAGGGGGUUUUGUAGAAAUCUUACCUGGCGAGAGGAAAACAUUUGGAAAGUACAGCCUCUCAUUGUGGAGGCAAGCUCAGUGCGUCAGAGUUCGACCCAACCCGGCCAACAGUGAGGAGGUCGUAAUGGAUACCUUGUACAUGAGACCAAUCUUCAGCGGACCAACAGAUGAAUCGACCAAUGAGCACGGCUUGCAGUACUGGAUUGGCAAAUGGGGCCAUGAAGAUGUGCACACUAUACGCCUCAGCAAGCAGACCAGACGCGCAAUUGGUUAGCAAGAGUCCACGGAUUGCAUACAUAUAAUAAGAUUCUGCUUUGUGGUUUAAAAAUAAAAACAAGUUAAUGCAUUGUCUUUCAUUUUC